AUGUUGAAGGUGAAAUGCGCCUUGACUCUGGAGAGGGAUCAGACAGACAUAUUCAAUUAUUACCAGUCAGGAGACCACCGCAUUUGUGGGAACAUCUCUGCCACAAGAGCUUUGUUUCAUCUACAUGUCUUCAACAAGCCUCCUUCUACCAGCUUUGACCAAAAAACAGCCACAGAAUACUGGCAGAUCCUCUCCUUCUUGUUUGCCAUUCAGGAUAUCAACCAGAAUCCCAGGCUCUUGCCCAACAUCACAUUGGGCUACAGCAUCCAUGAGAACUUUUUUCACGGAAGGGUGACGUACAAUGCUUUGUUAGACCUGCUGUCUCCUGGGGAGGCAAAUGUUCCAAACUACAACUGUGGAAGACAGAAUAACUUACUGGCUGCUCUUGAAGGGGCUGACUCUGAAAUCUCCAUCCAGAUGUCAGGCUUGUUGGGCAUCUAUAAAAUCCCACAGGCCAGUUAUGCUUUUGUCUCUCAUGUUCUGAGCGAUAAGACCCAGUUCCCUUUUUUCUACCGGAUGGUCCCCACAGAAGAAGCCCAGUACCCAGGGAUUGUCAAGCUGCUCCUGCACUGCAGAUGGACGUUCAUUGGUCUCAUUGCUUUUGACACCGACAAUGGAGAGAGGUUCAUGAAGACCUUGAUGCCUCUGCUCCUCAAGAGUGGCAUUUGUGUUGCCAUCUCAGAAAGCCUCCCACUACUGAAUACAGAUGAAAUAUCAUUCAAUCCUCUUCCAUUCCUCAAGUGGAGACAAGUCCAUGUAUUUGUUUACUAUGUAGAGACUAAUUUUGUCUCACUUGGAAUAUUAAUUCUAGAAGCAAUAUUUGACCGGGUCAUAAAAGCCACAGAAGGGGAAGUCUUGAUCACAACAGCUAUGUGGGACAUCUCCUUGGACAUAAUGCACCCUGACUUAUCUUCCCAACACAUCCAUGUGAAGUUUGAGAGUAUCAACACACAGAGAUCCCUAGGCCCACACCUCACCAUCGACCAGAGUGCCAUUGCGUGGCCGAAAUGGCUGACCCAGGCCCUGCCUCAUUCCAGGUGUGUGGAAAGCUGCCGCCCUGGAUUUGUCAAGGUGGUUCAGGAAGGAAAUCCACUUUGCUGCUAUGACUGUGUUCCCUGCGGGGAAGGGACCAUCUCCACUCUGGAAGAUGCAGAGCAUUGUACCCAGUGUCCAGAUGACCAACAUCCAAACAAGGCCCAAGAUCAAUGUGUUCCCAAAAUUAUCACCUUCUCGGCCUAUGAAGAGCAUUUGGGGAUCCUCUUGGCUUCCUUGGCCAUAUUUUUAUCUCUCCACCGUUUCCUUGGAACUUCCCAGUUUUAUAAUUUUUCCAUGGGCAGAGUGUAUUUGGAUGAGCAUGGAGAACUGGCAGCCAACUUGGAUGUUGUGGACUUGGUGAUAUUUCCUAAUAAAUCUGUCCUCACAAUGAAGUUUGAGAGUAUCAGCACACAGGGAUCCCUAGGCCCACAGCUCACCGUCGACCAGAGUGCCAUUGCGUGGCCGAAAUGGCUGACCCAGGCUCUGCCUCCUUCCAGGUGUGUGGAAAGCUGUCACCCCGGAUUUGUCAAGGUGAUUCAGGAAGGACAGCCACUUUGCUGCUAUGACUGCAUUAUCUGCGCAGAGGGGACCAUCUCCACUCAGGAAGAUGCAGAGCAUUGUACCCGGUGUCCAGAUGAUCAACAUCCAAACAAGGCCCAAGAUCAAUGUGUUCCCAAGAUAAUCACCUUCUUGGCCUAUGAAGAACAUUUGGGGGUCCUUUUGGCUUCCUUUGCCAUAGUAUUGUCCUUAAUUACAGGCUUUGUUUUAGGAAUCUUCAUUAAAUUCCUAGAAACUCCAUUAGUCAAAGCUAACAACCGGGACCUCUCCUACCUCCUCCUCAUCUCCCUCCUGCUUUCCUUUUUGUCCUCCUUCCUGUUCAUUGGACAGCCAAGAAAAACAACCUGCCUUCUUAGACAAACAGCCUUUAGCAUCAUCUUCUCAGUUGCCGUCUCUUCUGUGUUGGCAAAAACCAUUACUGUGGUGCUGGCCUUUCUGGCCACAAAACCAAGGAACAAGGUGAGAAGAUGGCUGGGGAAGAGUCUGGCCAACUCCAUUGUCAUUUUCUGUUCCAGUGUCCAAGUUGUCAUCUGCACCAUCUGGCUGAUGAUCUCUCCCCCGUUCCCAGAUUCUGACAUGCACUCCCAGCCUGGAGAGAUCAUCCUGCAAUGCAAUGAAGGGUCUGUUGCCAUGUUUUAUGUUGCUCUUGGCUACAUGGGCUUCCUGGCUGCCAUCUGCUUCAUAGUGGCUUUCCUAGCCAGGAAGCUGCCUGGGACCUUCAAUGAAGCCAAGCUGAUCACCUUCAGCAUGCUGGUCUUCUGCAGUGUCUGGGUCUCCUUUGUGCCCACCUACCUGAGCACAAAGGGGAAAUACAUGGUAGCGGUGCAGGUCUUCUCCAUCUUGGCCUCAAGUGCUGGGCUUCUGGGCUGCAUCUUCAUUCCCAAGUGCUACAUUAUUGUACUGAGGCCUGAUCUGAACACAAAGGAACAUCUUACAAUGAAAACAAAAUAA